CAUAAAAUUUAUAACUGCUCCAAAAACAUGUCAAUUUAAAUGCUACGGAUAGCGAUUCGGUAUAAUCACAUCAAUCAUAAAAUAAUGACCGUGGAGCACUGAGCAGUCGCGCAGAUUGAUGAAAACAUUACAUUUUUAUUGAUAAAAAACGGCGAAGAGUGAGUGAAGUGGCGCGUCUAUGCAGAUAGUUACCAUAUAGAGCAAGACGUAGCGAACGACAUCGGACAUGUUUGUUUUCAUACCGGUCCGAAUUAACGUCGCGAUUGGUUCAAAAUCCAUAACUGGCCUCUGGGAGCCAGGUGUCGUUCACACCGCGGCCUCGCGCGCCUCGUCUCGUUAAUCACUCGUGUUCGCUAUUGUUAUAGCGCGUCGUACAGCCAUCUUUGUCAAAUUACAAGCGAUUCAUUUCAAUAAUUCGGUUGUGCUAUCAAAUGGAACAAAACGCAGAUACUAUUACCGAUGCGUCGUGCGAUAGAAUCGAGUGCAUUACUACAUUCUCUUUUGUUUUAUCGUUGACGCUACGCUGAAUGGAAGCAUUACGACGGCGUUAACGAUCAGUCUACCAUUAAAAUGAUGGAUGAUGUCGUCCUUUGCAAAAACUGUGUAAAGUGUUCGUUUCAAUAAACAAUGUGAAGGGUGCUAUUUGUAUUUAUGUUUGACUGUGUAUAUGAAGAGAACUGCGUCGUAAUUUGUCGUACACAUUGCAUAAAUGAGUGGAAUGGCGUUGCGGAGCGCGCGGGCCCGAGCAUGCGCGCCAGUUUCCUUGCGACCGCUGGGAACACACUGAGUGUCCUUCGUUUACGUGCAUAUCAAAAUGGGAAGGUCUAGGUUCCCCGGUAAACCCCUCAAAUUCCAGAACAGAAAACGUAUCAGUGUCCUAUCGGGGGCCGUCUACCAUGAAACUACUCCUGAGAACCAUUCCGCAAGCCGUAGCUCGGCCACCAAUGAUUUUGUUGGGGAGAAAGAGGAAGAAGAAAAGAAGGAAAACAACAGUGAGAAUGAGGCAAAUGCAACCAGUGAAGAUAAAACUACCAACGGUAUAGACAAGAACAAUCCUGAUAAUCAAGACAAGGACUCAGCUAAAUCCCCUGUCCGUACUAGGUCUCAGAAUAAAAUGGAACCACUAAAAAAUGAUAAACCAAAACCAGUGAAGAAAACUGUGACAUUUGGUACCGUAGAGAGCUGUGAAGAUAUUUUCUUACCACUGAAAAAGGUUCCAAUAAAACAUCAUGCACCUCUAGUUUCUAUUAUCAAAAAGAAAUCUUCACUUAAACAAACUGAAUAUUCUACAUUUAACAGUAUACUGAAGCCUGCAAAGCUGACAGAUUUAAGCUCUAAAUCUUCAUCGGAACAUCAAGAGGGGUACUUGAGGAAGAACUUAAACCCUCUCUCAAAACCUACAAACAAGUUUUCACAGUUUACUGAGACCCGUAGCACAUCUCCCCCACCCAGAAAUCUUUCUCCAACGGAAAAAGAAAGUGGAAAUUCAGCUAAAUUCGUACUCCCAGUGAGAAGCAGUCACUCCUCGCGAGUAAUUAAGCCUAACAAUAAAUUUAUUGAUGGUGACGAACAAGCAAUAGUUCCCAGUAGUGUAUCCUCUGGCAAAGUCCUCAAGAAACCAAAACUAAAGAGACUCGUCUUCAAUAAUCUUCACAACGACGAGGAUACGCCAGAGGAAGAGGAAUUGGACAAAACCAAUGACAGUGAAAAAGCAAGAGACAAGCACUCGCUUGCUUCAAAUAUUUUCAAAGAUAAGACAACAAAUUCAUUUUCUAAUAUCAGCAGCACAGGCUCUAGGAAAGUAGUACGAGAUUUCUUUUCGUAUGAAGAAAGGGAUAAAUCAUAUUCUCCAGAUGAAAAUUCAAAUGUGGAAAGUCUUGAAAAGUUGAAAUCUCCGGAAAUAAAUAAAGAAGAACGAUCGGGGCAUGCUAUGAGAAAGCUUAUGGACAUUUCAGACGCAAGCAAUUCAACUAGCAGUAGUGGGUCUGAGUCUGAAGAGAGUUGGGAGAGUGAGAGUCUUGAAGGAAGUGGCGAGGAAGGAGAGAAGCAGCCACCGGCAAGUCCUGAAAAGGACAAGUCUUCUGCGUCACAGUUACUCAGUGGAAAGGUCAUCAUAAGAGAGGCAAGGCUGCAGUUAACAACACCUGCACCGUCUACAGCUGGGCUCGAUGGACCUUUCUCUGCACUGACAACAGUUUCAUCAAAUAACCCUCCAGCAACUGUGACAUGUGGAGUCUGUGGGGCGGUACGGUUCUACAGAUUUGUGCGACAAGCUCGCAAGUUUGGCAUUUACUCGUGCGAGUCGUGCCGCAAGUUCAUCUCCAAGUUGCUGAAGAAAGACAAAAUGGUGCUGCGGACGUCACCUGUGGUCACACAUUGUGUUAGGGGUGAAGGUAACUGCCAUGUUCCUCCAGUUGUUCGAUCACAACAGUGGAAGCUUCUGAAAUGCACAAACAAAUCUCGUUGCCCAGCUUGUUGGCUGAAAUUAUGUCUAAAGGCUUUCCAAGUACCUCCGCACAUAAGAGCCACAUUAACUGCUAUGCUACCUCCUUACAUGAGGAGUACAUCCAAGCCUGCAGGGCCGUUAGCGCAAGCCCACCCCCUAAGAAUAGGGGCCAGUAAUGCAACUUCUACUCAAUCAGCAUUCAAUAUGUUGGGAACUGAAAAUGAGAACAACAUAUUUGCAGUAAAAACAACAAAGAAAUCUUCUGAGGACAUUGAAAAACCUGAGGAGAAGGACGCUAAACUGCAGAAAGAUCAAGAAGCGGAUGAGGAGAACAAUGAAGAUUUCAGUACCAAUAGAAAGCGUCGUCUAACCAGGAUUAAAGUCCGCAAGAAAGAUAAAGGCGAAUCCAAACAGGCGGAAGAUCCCAAACGCCAGAAAAUGGAACUCAAAGGCCCCAGGGUUAAACACGUCUGUAGAAGUGCUUCCAUUGUACUUGGCCAACCAAUUGCAACAUUCCCUACUCCAGAAGAGAGAGAGAAGAAUGAUAAACCUAUCUCAACGGAUGAAGAUGGUAAUAUUAUGCCUGUGGAAGAAAAAGAUAGAGUCACCCCAGACUUGUUCAGCUGUGGUUCUGAAGUUGACUCUGAGAAUAAACCACAAGUUGUUCCAGAAGUUUCUACUAAGGAGAAUGAUCCAGAAGUCCAGACUGAGCCUAAGAAGAGGAAGAUGGAAGUUGUGACAAAACAGAGCAAAGAUUCAAGCGAGGAUGAAACAAUUAUGGAUAUUGUACCAAGAAAAUCAACUUUGAAACCAUUCACAAAUAUAACAAACGUCCGAGGACGCGCUCAAAAAUGUGGCCAAAAUCGGCCGGAAUUGAUUUGCGUCGAUUUUUGGGAAAGCUACGACCCAGAUGAAGUGUGCAACUCUGGCUUUGGUCUCAUCGGCACUAUACCUUUCACUAUCGCCAAACUAUGUUUCUUGUGUGGAAGUGCUGGCAAAGAGAAGAUGCUAGUAUGCGGCAGCUGCUGCGAGUGGUACCACGUGUGGUGCGCGGAGGAGGCCGGCGGCGGCGGCGCGUGGACGUGCGCGCGCUGCGUGUGGUGCGCGGCGUGCGCGCGCCCGGCCGCGCGCCUGCGCUGCCGCUCGUGCGCGCGCCCCUACCACGCCGCGUGCCUGCCCGCCGCGCCGCCCGACCAUCGCAGUGACUGGCCACAGAUCUGCAGUUCAUGUUUGAAGUGCAAGAGUUGCGACAGCAACCGAGUGAAUAAGUUCGUGGGAAGCCUGCCUUUCUGCAGACCCUGCUUCAAGCUCCGUCAAAAGGGCAACUACUGUCCGCUUUGCCAAGCUUGUUACCGAGACAAUGAUUUUGAUAGCAAGAUGAUGGAAUGUGGUUGGUGCGCGCGAUGGGUGCACGCGAGCUGCGAAGGCUUGUCCGGGGAAGGCUAUCAGCUCCUGUCCGCUUUGCCGCCAUCGAUCGAGUACAUUUGCUGCAAGUGCAUGCCAAAUGAUCCGCCGUGGCGGAAAAUGCUCACUGAUCAUCUCAAGGGAAGACUUUUACACCUACUCAAAUUACUUGCUAAAAAUAAAAAGGCUUGUGCACUUUUGAAAUUGACACCCCACAAGAAUACACCGGUGCCCAAUAAACCCUACAGGCUCAUGUCUCCUCAGGCUAUUAGAAAACUACACUUCGACAGUGGCGACGAAUCAUUGAAGAAUACUACAGAAACUAAAGUUUACCGAAACACUGCAAGAGGGCGCCGAAACAACAAUCUUCCGCAAAAUAAAUUUGACGACCCAAACGCGUUUCAAAUAUGGCACUGCUCUUCCUUGAUGACUGAUGUGGAUAUGGAAAAGGAAGAAAUUCCACACACUUUGCAUAAAGUUGUCAAUCUCCAAGAGCCCUUAAUGCAAAAUAAAGAAAUAUGUUUCUCAACUGGCCUUUACAACAAUAAAACAGAGUUCAACAUGCCUUGUGUAGAAGUUCAUGAAAAUAAUCCCCCCCAAAACAAACCAGAGAAGGCAACUACCAUGUUACCAACUACUCUGCACGACGACAAGUAUGAGCCGAUAUCUGACGAUGAAGAGCCCACAACGAGCUUCCCUCAAGCUCGCAGUGAACAAGAGCUGAGCCCAGCAAUCAUAAGGCAAUCAAGCAUAUCUAUUGAAGAUACCACUCUUGAAGAUAUCAAUAGAAUUCUGUCGCCAUCAUUGCUUGAUAUAAAGAAAAGAGUAAACAGUGAUGAAUACAUUUCUCUUAAAGACUUCAAUCAUGAUAUGAAAGAUGUCAUCGAAAGGACAGCAAGUGUAGACCUCCAGUCGAUUUAUAAGGACUUGUUUUCAGAGACCUUUCCUUGGUUUGACUGUGAAAACAAUUGUCUUCAACCUAACUUAGAAGUUGAAGGUGAGCUGGAAGAUUCUGAUUCCUUGAAAGAUGUAGAAAUGGCAGACACUAAAGGUAUGAAAAUAACCGCCCAAGUGGAACGGCCGCUCGACCAACUAGUGCCCAAACUCGAAUCUGAAGGAGAGCGAGAAGAAGAAGAACUAUUAGAAUUCUAUCCUGUUGUUGACUCGCGAAUUUGCGUGCUUUGCAAAAGUACUGGCGAUGGACCACCAGCUAUGGAAGGAAGGCUGCUCUAUUGUGGACAAAAUGACUGGAUUCAUGCUAACUGUGCAUUAUGGUCUGCAGAAGUAUUUGAAGAAAUUGAUGGUUCUCUUCAAAAUGUUCAUUCUGCAAUAUCAAGAGGAAAAAUGAUCAAAUGUGCCGAAUGUGAGGUUAAAGGAGCGAGUGUGGGUUGCUGUGCGAAGAACUGCAGCGAGACAUAUCAUUAUGCCUGUGCAAGGAAAGCAAGCUGUGCAUUUAUGGAUGACAAACGAGUAUUCUGUCCUACUCAUGGAAAAGACAUUCCAAAAAAGAGCUUACAAAAAGAUGCAGACUUUGAACUAACAAGACCAGUUUAUGUUGAGCUAGAUAAGAAAAAGAAACGAUACAGUGAAAUAAAUAAAGUACAAUUUCUGAUGGGUUCCUUGACAGUCCAUAGUCUUGGCAAAAUAGUGCCAUCUGUCUCUGAUUAUGAAGAAUUUUUGAUGCCAGUAGAUUUUUCUUGCAGUCGACUGUUUUGGUCAUGCAAGAAACCCACUAAAAUUGUGAGGUACACAAUAAAAACAAAACUUAUACUUGCAGAGCCGAUGCCUGGUUUUGAUUUUGGUGUGAAUAUAACUGUCGAUCACACCAUGGACAUCCAAGUUGUCGAGCGUGUUAUCGCGGAGAUAGGAGCGUGGCACGAGAGCUUAGAAGCUGGCUCUGGUAAAACAGUGUGCAUGCUCAAAAGUGAUAAGUCUCCGAUCAAGUUUGGAAAUACAGUAACUUUGGAAGAUCUGGCUGUUAAGCAAGUUGUUGAGUACUUAUUAGACAACGUUUGCAAGCAAGAGCAACAAGAUGAAGAAGAGCCUCAAAAUACUGCCGAUCUUCUCCCACCCGAAGUGAAAGACGCCAUAUUCGAAGACCUCAAUCAUGAUCUUUUAGAUGGCAUAUCUAUGCAAGACAUUUUUCCCAAGCUAAUGUCGUACGAAGAUCUCAUUGCAAUGGAUUUAAAAAGUGAAUUCUAUGGAGCCAUAGCUCAAUCUGAUGAUAGGUCAGAUUCUCGCUCGAAUGACUUUAUUGAUGAAUUAUUAAAUGCACGAUUAGAAUCAGGUAACAAAGAAUUAAAAAGAAGUAAGUCAGAGAUGCUCUUACAAAACCAUAAUCUUAAAACCUUAACAACUGGAAGAGGACAGCAAAGGUCCACAAGUUUGACUUGGAAUAAUAAGUUUGACACAAGCUUAUUGACAUCUACUAUAAAAAGAUGCAAAAUGGGAAAAUCUUCAACAGUUACUGGCAAACUUAGCCCUAUUCAAAGAGUCACUGAGACUGCUUUGGAGUCAAUUAAAGAGUUAGACAAAAAUGGCACCGAUAAAAAAGCAAAGCCAGAAACGAUAACGAGCAAUGAAUGCAAUGAAGCGCCACAUUCGUCUGGUCUUAAUUAUCGUACCACAUCACCUAAACAGAAAGAAGAACCUCCUUCAGAUGAUAAAAAUAAAUCAGAUGGAUACUACACUGACGUCAUUGAUUUUUACACAAAGAUACAAUGUAGCCCUAUUUCCCAAUUGGAUGGUGCUGCAGACUGGUCAGGCUCUGAAAGCACAUGCAGUUCCCGACCGACCAGUCCUCAGGAAGAUUUCACGCCGAUUCAACAGCUCGAUGGUGCUGAAGAUAAUCAUCUAGGUAAUGAUAACACAUCAAAAUGCCAAACAAACCAGUUUCUGUACAGGGCUAGUGGAUCCGAGAGCACAUAUACCGUGACUAUUGCCGGAAACUCCAUAAGUGGCCAACCAGAGUUAGUCAUGCGGCCUCUAGACGACAAUUCAUGCACAUCUGGACAGAUGGAACAAUUAGUAAGGUGUGAUAGAUGUCAAUGCACUUACCGAAAUAAAGAAUCUUACGACAGACAUAUUCCAUCAUGUGAUAUGAUGUCUACAAGUGAAAGUGAAAGUGAAAAUCCGAAAUCUCCUGAGAACAGAACAUUGACCACACUUCAAAACGCUUUUCAAGGUGCAUUUGCUCAACCCAUGAUAAUCCACGCAGGAGUAGUAAGCGGAACUGAUAAUACGGUAAAAGCAGAAGGUAUCUCUGCAAGACGAACAUCUAUUAAUACGAGGCAAAUAACAAUUAAUGGUACAAUUGUAGAAACACCUUCACCAGGUCCAACGAAUGAGAUGACUAUGACGAUUACGGAGCAAAUGAAGUCAGGCACUGUAAUAUUCGAUCAAAGUAAAACUACUAAUGUUCAAGUAUCUGCCAACCAACAAGUAUUAUCUUCACCGCAGAUAGUUGUAACACCGCAAAUGUUACUCCCACCUAAAACAAGUUCGGCUAGUGGGCAAAAGAUAAUGACUCCACAAUUGAUUACACAACAGGGUUUGAUUCCAUACAAUAUUUGCGUAAAACCAGGUACUGGCAAUGCAAAUGUUCAGCAAAUUCAAGGCAGUGAUAUGGCACACUUGUUUUCUGGAUCGGGAGGAAUUCAAGUAUUGUCGUCCAAUAAUCAAGUAUUGACGAUACCUUCUAAUCAAGCUGGAAAUAUUACACCUAUGAUCCAAAACAAGAAUCAAGUUACGAAUUUUCCUAAUAUGGCGAGUGCAUCAUCUAUCGCUCUACCGGUUAAUUCUAUUCAGGGAAUGCCUAAUGCUUCGAUCAUACAAAAUAUUCAGCCUAUGAUAAGACCACAAAUUCAAGGAAAUCCUACUAUUGUUGUACCCGCUAUGACAGCGCAAAGGCUAACGUCGCCGAAUGCCCAAACCAAACACCAGUUAAUCUUGCCAAGUACACCGCAGAAGUCGCCAAAAAAACAACCAACGCACAUGCAACCAAAACCAAUUUUUCAAGCCGCAAAUCGAGGCAGAGGAAGACCAAUUCCUAAACCAACCACCAAAAUAAGACAAACGAAAUUGGAGAAGACGUUUACAACGAUCAAUCAGUCUCCAUUGGGGCCAGGUAACACUGUCAUCCAGCUCCAAACAAACAAUCAGACAGGCCAGCCUUCAAUUAUUGUGCAACCAGUUGCAAAUCAAAACAUUAUGUCGGCGUAUGUCGAAGCAUUGUCUCAACAGCAGAAUCAAAAUAUGCAAUAUAUCGCAACUAUUGCACCUCAAGGAGAUUUCAAAACGGGACCAACACAAUUUAUAUCACAGAGCGGACUGAUGCCUCAAACAUUUCAAAUUCAACAAACUGAAUCUGGCGGAUUAGUUGCUGUGCCUAGUGGAGGUAUACCUGUGUUGUUACCUCAGGGAAACGUGGGCAUAUUACCGCAAGCCAUUCAACAAGGAGCUACGAUACUUCCUCAAGGAGCUAUUCAAACACAAGGCAUAAUAUCUCAGGGUCCCAACGGGCCGACGAUAUUACCGCAAGCCAUACAUACUCAAAACGGAGCUACGAUAAUACCUCAAGGAACUAUUCAAGGCCUGACCCCUGGCAAUAUAACAUCUCAAACUUUACAAACGGGGACUGUGGUACCUCAAAGUGGUAUCGGAAAUGGACAAACGACUAUAAUUCCGAACGCAUUAUCGUCCCAAGGAAAUACCAUAAUUACUUCUGGACCGGGCACGACAAUUCUUCCUCAAGGGACAAUAUUACCACAGUUUUGCAAUGAUCAGGUCAUUUUAGGAUCAGCCCCGACUCUGGAAAUGGUUACAGAUCCCUCUGGUUGCAUGUAUUUAACAACAACGCAACCUGUAUAUUAUGGUUUAGAAACUAUUGUACAGAAUACUGUAAUGUCAUCACAACAAUUCGUAUCUACUGCAAUGCAAGGCGUACUCGCACAGAACAGUAGUUUCUCUGCAACUACCACACAAGUGUUCCAAGCUAGUAAAAUAGAACCGAUUGUCGAGGUUCCCACCGGAUAUGUAGUCGUGAACAAUGUUGGUGAUACUGUAGUCACUUCAUCAACUCCAAAUGUUGUAACGGCACAAUCAGUUCAGUCAUCACCACAAGCUUUGAAAAAUGUCAAAACUUCUGUCCCUAAUUUGACAUUGCAACCUUUACCAGAUAAACAAUCUAAUAAUAACCGACAAACGCCAAAAGUUAUUCAAAUGAGCCCAGCUCCGCUAACAAUUGGAUCCCAACAAGGAACUAUAUUAAAUGGAAAACAAAAUUUGAAUCCAAUCACAUCUCAGAUACACAGUAUGACUUUGUCAAAUACGACACAAAGUUUGCAGAGGGUUAACAUUUCAAAACCUAAUAUCGUCUCUAUGUCUCCAAAUGUGACUCUCGUAUCAUCAAUAGGUCAACCUGUAAUGGCAAUUUCACAAACUAUCCCUAAUACUAUGUCGUUUUCUAUGCAGUCAAUACCUUUGUCACAGCCAAUCGUAUCAAGUUCAAUUGCACCAUCUACUAGCAAAAAUAACACAAUGAAGAUUGAAAACUCACACAAUAUGAUCGAAAUAAGUGGUAAUUUACAUGAUACCUCGAAUUGUUCCAGUCUACCAACGAUCAGUGUGACGCAGAGUAUUAAGUCGCCGACUCCAUGGCGAAACACACAAACAGAAAAUAAAUUAAACUCUGCCAUGAAUAUUCAUAAUAACCUGCUUUCUGGAAGGCAAAUGGCACAUACUGAACUUGGAAAAGACAAUCAGAACUGUUUGUUAUCAAUGAACAACACUGGAAAUUCUUUAAAUAAUAUCCAUCAAUUCGAGUCCAGUAUUAAUGCUAGCCAUCACUCUGCUCAUACCUCCAAUAAUGUAAUACAAAUUACAGCGGGAAAUAUUUACCCUCCCGCAUCAUCUAUGAAUAGUAAUUUCGACGCUGAUACAACAUUGAAGUUGAGUAAGAUAAAUGCACUUUCCAAGACUGAAGGAGGUCACUUGAAUUUCUCGCAGGAAAUAAUGGCAUCUCAUUCUCAACACAACGCACAAAAUGACAAAACCAAUUAUCAAAAUAUCGGUUCUAAUGAAAAUAAACAUAAUGAUAAUUUUCAAAAUCAAAUAAAUAUACACAAGUUGAGUAGUUGCCAAGUUCAAGGAAAUAUGAACAAUUCGCCAUCAAUAAGUAUCAUUCCGUCUAACAUGAUUAGACCGCAGAUGCAAAGUAAUCAAAACUCAAUGACUGUUUCUAAUAACCAAAAUCAAAUGUGUUCAGUUUCGAACAGUUCGUCACAUGGACAAGUACAGUUAAUGAAUUCUGGGAAUACCUCAAUGCAAAAUGUAAAUAUGUCAUGUCAAGAGCUAGCUAAUAAUCGAGUUAAUAUGAAUACGCCUAGCGAAAACAAUCAGCAGCAUGAUUUAACUAACACAUCUAAUUUGCCACAUGGUAGUAUGCAAAUGAUAUCACACGAUAAUGGACAGCAUACGUCUUCUAACCAAAUUCAUAUUAUGAAUGGACAGAUCCAACACAAUCGUCAUGUAGAAAAUAGCGGAUCAAUGCAACAGUUGAAUCCAGGACUCACUACCAGAUCCUAUCAUGAUAAUCUUAUUAGUGGUCAGCCAAGUCAUAACCAGAGCAAUAUGAUUUCUAAUCGAAGCACACCAGACAACAGCAACGCCUUGGGCCAGAAUGUUAGUAUGCACAAUAUUGGAAAUAAUCACAACAUGAAUCGUGCUGACCUGGGUGAGUUGAAUCACAUGCACAUGAAUCAGUCGUUAUCUAAUAUGAAUAAUAUGCAAAAUAAUAGAAUGAUGAUGGAAAACAUGCAGUCUCAUAAUAUAAACAAUUCUAACCACCAAAUUCAUUCAAAUAACAGAUCUAUGGAAUCUUUACAUAAUCAGCAAAUGCAUUCCAUGCAACAAAUAAAUCAUCACAUGACUGGUAAUAAUAGCCGUUCACAAAUCGAUAACAACUUGCAUAUGAAUCAACAAAUGACCAUGCAACAACAAAAUAGACAAAUGGAUAAUUCUAUACAUCAUCACCAACAUCAAAUGUCUAACAUGAUGCAGUUACAAAAUACUCGUCCUCACAUAGAUAAUACUUUGAUGGGUUUGCAUCAGCAUGUUUCAAAUCAAAUGCAUAAUAGACAACAAACAGACAACAAUAUGCACAUGCAUCAUAAUAUGUCUGGAAAUAACGUCAAUAUGGGCCUUGGUCAUCAAUUGGACAGUUCAACUGUUAUACCCAAUAUGCAUAGUAACAGACACGAUAAUAGUUCUAUGGCAAUGCAAAAUUUGAACACCAUGAAUCAAAUGCAAAAUAAUAGAAAUUCGAUGGAACAUAACAAUUUGAUGCAACAUCAGAUGAACAAUAUCAAUUCAAUGAAUAGCAUGAAUAUGCAUAAUAAUCUUAACAAUGCUAUGCAAAUGUCUAAUGCUAAUCAUCAAUCGCUGAAUAAUUCACUGAUGCAUAUGCCUAAUAUACCAGAUAUAAAAAAUGAACUCCAAAAUUCGUGCAGUGGCAGUUGUUCAAGUUCCACCAGCUCACAGUUUACUAACAAUCAGUCUUCGUUUGAAAUGUGUGCAAAUAUGAACACUAGUAAUAAUAUGAAUAUAAGCAACAAUGCAAACAUAAUGCAUGGUAUGAACGUAAAUAAUACAAAUAUGUCUAACAAUAUGAUGAUGAACAAUAUCAAUAACAGCUCUAUUUACGGCGCAAACAAUCAAAACUCUCUCAACGGUCACGAUUUGUUGAUGAGUUGCAAUAACUCUACAGAAGUAACUAAUCUUAUGUCGAAUUCCAAUCACAUGAUGAUGAACAAUUCACAAACUCAUACUACUAAUAAUCAAAAUCAAAUGUUGACGGGUCAAGUUUCAAAUAAUUCGCAAAUAAAUUUGAGCAGCUGUAGUAUGAAUGGGAACAACUUAACCCAAACGCCAAUCACUAAUAUGGAAAGCCAAAUAAACAGGACGAACAUGGCAGUAAACGAGCAACCUAAGUUUGUACAAGAACCAGCAAGAGGAAAAAAUAUCAUGGGGCCACCGCCUAACACAACAAUGCCUGUUAGCGACUGUGCUAAAGUUAAUGUAGUUGGGACUACCGAUAAACAAAAUCAUGCGGUUCCAGGCAAUAACCAAAUGGGUUUCAUGCAGAUGAAUUCACAAAGUAACAACAGAAUAAUCAAUCUACCAGAGAGAAAUAGACUGAACAAUACAAACGUCGAGAAUAAUAUGAGCCAGCAUGUACCACAGCAGCACAACAUACGCGUGGUAACAAAUAAUAGUAACAAUAAUGUAGCUGGAAUCUCUAAUGAUCCUUUGGCAUAUCAGCAGAAAAGUGAAAGUAGUACAAUGAUCAAUGUUCCUUUCCAAGCAAUACCCAAUAGCGCGCCUAUGAAUAUUAACGUAAAUUCGAGUAAUAAUACUGUUAAUAUAACCGUUCAAAAUAAUUUGGUCGAUCCGAAAAUCGCCACUAAGGCUGCAGCGGACUUGAACUUUCCAAUUCAAGCUAACAGUAAUUUACUACAAAAUCAAAGUAGUAGUAAUAACAUGAUUUGCAUACCUGUUAACAACAACAGUACCAUUAAUUUACCAACCCAGAACAGUUCUAGUAUAACUCUGCCAAAGGCUCCUCCUACUCAGCAAUCUGGUAUACCGACAAACGUUGUAAACCCUAUGACAAUGCGACCAAUGAAUAGAGUUCUGCCAUUACAUAGAGAUGGUCAAAGCAAAUCCACAAAGACUUCCGGCACCAAAGCUCCCACAGUACCUAAGCAAAGACCCGUGAGUCACGAUAUGCCGGAUUUAAAUAUUAAAGACGAGAGUAUUGAUAGUGACCUUGAAAAGGCGAUCGAAGAAUCUAAGAGAAUGCAAGUAAUAGAAAAAGCUAAAAGAGAAAAGGAAGAAAGGGACGCAGCUCGAGCCAUACAACUAUCCAAUGAAAUGCAACAAGCAAACACAAGUUCAGGUUCGUCUGCAAUUGCCGUUGCUCGCAGUGAAACCAUCGAAAAUAUUCCGAAAAUGACGUCACUGCCCAGUUUAGAUGUGAUAGAACCUGAACCGCCUAAAGUGCUAAUAGAAAAGGACACUAACAAAUCAGUACCGACUAAAAUGCCAAAUCCAUCGACCAAAGUUUUAAAACGGCCCUUAACAGAUAAAAAACCCGACACAGAGACAGUCGUUAUGAAGAAACAAACUAAAGUUGCGAAGGGGCAAGAGAACAAGCUAGCGCAACCGAAACAGGCGCCCGACCCACCAAAAGAUGAUGGCCCAAAACUCAUAUACGAGGUGUCCUCAGAGGAUGGAUUCAUCUAUUCCUCGUCGUCUUUAACAGAUCUGUGGACAAAAGUUAUAGAGGCUGUGCAGAACGCCAGGAAACAGGCCGGGCUGCCGCUCAUUCAAUACAACUUACCAUCUACUUUAUCUGGAGCUCAUUUACUAGGCUUAAAUAAUAACGCCUUGAGAUAUUUAAUUGAACAAUUGCCUGGGGCAAAUCGAUGCACGAAGUACAAGAUACGUCAAGAUCGUCCGUUGAAUAGCUGGGACAAUGAUUUGGAUCUGAGCGAAGGUUUCAAGGAGAGCCCGUGGGGAAGCGCACGCACAGGACCUGUGUCGAGGAAACAAAAUCAUGACAUGUUUAGUUGGAUGGCAUCUCCUUUCAGAGAGGAACCUCCGCCAUUUGGUGGGCAAGAGGGAGAAAGUUCCAUUUCAAGACGCUUGGCAACUUUGCCGCCGGCGAUGAGGUUUAGACAGCUCAAAGAGACUUCCAAGGCGUCUGUGGGCGUCUAUAGAUCACACAUUCACGGACGUGGACUGUUUUGCAAACGAGAUAUUGAAGAAGGCGACAUGGUAAUCGAGUACGCCGGCGAAGUGAUACGCGCGGUGCUGGCGGAUCAGCGCGAGAAAAACUACGAGGCAAUGAGCGGCCGCCGCGGCGUGGGCGGCUGCUACAUGUUCCGCAUCGACGACCAUCUUGUCGUCGACGCCACUCUCAAGGGCAACGCUGCGAGAUUCAUUAACCAUUCGUGUGAUCCUAAUUGCUACUCGCGCGUUGUUGACAUCCACGGCCACAAGCACAUCCUGAUUUUCGCUCUCCGACGGAUCACCAUCGGCGAAGAGCUCACUUACGACUACAAGUUCCCUUUCGAAGAAGUCAAAAUACCGUGCACGUGCGGCGCGAAGAAGUGCCGCAAGUAUCUCAACUGAGCAAUCAUACGAGAGUGAGUCAUUCGAUUGUGUCAAUUAUACUGGCUUUCAGAGCGAAGUGCGGUGUACUGAAUGAAAAUACUACUGAAGUGAUUACGUCACUUAAAUAUAUGUCGUUUUUUCGUGUAAAACUACCGUCUUUGCAGUGUUUUUGGGCCGCGUCUAGAUUGACGGACGCUGGAGUACCUAAAUACUUACUACUAGUCUAACUACACUAAUGUGCUUUCAGACUGUGUUUUAAAUUGUAUUUGAACUUGAUAAGGGUUAUGCGUCACGCAAUUUACUAAAGCAAUGCAUGCACUAUUGCGUGCACCACAUGAUUUGAUCCAUGUGCCAGCGAACAUGAGGCAUGUGUACAGGCAUACGUCUGGGUGGUUAGCGCGUGCGUCUAACGCAAGUUGAAAAUCUAGAUGGAAGAUCACGCGCACUAUUGUAGUUAGACCUAAUGUGCAGUAUAAUGAGUAAAAAAUGAGUUCUCACGCGCCAUUUUAACUUCAUGUGUCAAAUAUCAUAUCAAAAGUACGAUUUUAGUUCUAAUUUUAAAGGUGAACCGUACUUUUAAAAUGACAGUUGACCCAUAGAGUUAAAAUGGCGUGUGAGAAGUCAUUUUGUACAGACUAUACAUUGGUCGUCUACAAGAACAAAGGUAUGCGAUUGUCAACCUGGACGCGGCCUUAGUCUACGAGGUUUCCCGAGCAAAAACACUACAAUAUAAUAUAUCGGAUUAAUUACUAAAUAGCAUAAUAAUCAAAUAAGUACAUUACUGAUUUAGACGUAUUUUUAGAAGAACUAAGCGUUUGAUGAAGAAUAUAAAUGAAAUUUUAAGAGUUUGCGGAAUGUUAAGGUGUGGAAGGAAAUACUGGGUCGAGCACAAUUUUUUAUAUGUACAUAAUUAAGACAAUAAGUCCAAUUCACAUAUCGCGUUAUUCCCACCUCGUAUCUUGACAUUUUAGUGCCACUAGCGCCAAUGGUCACGGAAGUUUUCAUGAAUCUUGUUAUGAUCUCUUUAUGAAUCUACCCAGUGUUAGAAUUGUUGGAUUGUAAGGCGUGUUCACUUAAGAAAUCCAACUAUAUGUAUAAACGAGUAUGGCGACAUCGCCAAGCAACAUUUUGAAAAUCUCAAUCGUAAAUGCUGCCAUUCUAUCUAAAUAUCUGCAUGUAUCUAAAAAUUGGUUAAUUUAGAAAAACUGAUGUUUCUUAAAUGUUUGCUAUUUACGUAGGGUCAAACUGAAAACGGUCUAAAAAGCGGCUGACUCCCAAAAAUAGUUUAAAGAGUUAUCACCAAAUAAUAUGAGAAUUUAGGAAAACUGAUGUUUCUAAAAAAAGUUUGCUGUUUUUAAUUUGGCCCUAUGCCGAAUGAAAAACGCACUAAAACGUUUGUCUAAAAAGUUGGUAACUGCAAAACGUUGGUCCUAUGUUAACCUAGCAUUCUUUCUUAGAAAUAUUUUUGAAAAUUUGGCAAUAACUCAAAAGUUAAUUUUUGCAGUUAACCGCUUUUUAGAUGUAUGGUAUGUGGUUUUUUGGUGGUUAGAAUUUUUUAAGCGAACACACUUUAUAUUAUAUUGGUUUUAAUAUACUUAGAUAUUUCUUAUUUUGUGAUAAGUUUUUAUACAUUGUGUACAUAUUUUUUAAGUUGUAUCGUUUUAGCUAGGUCUGUUAGAGGUUCUUGAGCGGCUUUAGGUGUGGCUGUUGCGGCUAUCGUCAGCGCCUAAAGCCGCGUCCACUCUAAUAAAAAUUUGCGUUUGGUUUCGUGUACACCAAAAAAUAUUGUGUGGAUACAAAUUUUAGGACAAAAAGAAUUCCACGUUAAUGGAAAUUUAUGUUUAACACAAUAAUUUUUGGAACACGAUGCAUACAUAUAUGCAAACGUAGUUUUCUUUGUGUGGACGCGGCUUAAUAUUGAUGUGAUAUGCGUAAACCCAAGUCGGGAUAAGUGAACGGUUAGUGCGUAGUAUAUUUGUUCCUCAUUUGUUCUAUUUCUCCUCUUGUGAUCAGUUAAGUCUCGACUAACAUAGCGGCGUACGUGUACAUAGAUGGAAAUUAGUUAUUAAUUAAGAUAAAUAAUACAUUCGAAUGAAGGGUAGCAAAGUUACAGUACAAUGUUACUUUUUUUUUGUAAUUUUAAUAAGUAUUGUAUAGCUAAUUUGUAAAUAAGAGAAAUUAUCUGUCAUAAUAAUGAGUUUAAGCGACAAAUCGUUUUAUCGUAGUCAUAGCGGUAGGGUGUACUUUAAAGGAACAUUACAUACAUCAUGUACAUAAUAAGUUAUUGGGUGUGCGGGUUAGGUCAGAACAGGUUGUUUUAACGGACGGUUUAAAUGAGAUGCCGACACACUCCCGGCCGGAACGAUUUAACACGAAAAUGCACAUAAUUAGCUUUAAUAUUUGUUUCAACACGCCUUGAGUUUAAAACUAAAACAUUAAUUUAUAUUAAAAGUACCAAUUUUUUAAUUUUUAUUUUCUAAUAAAAUACGGUUUUCGUGUGAUUUUAUUUUUAUGUGUAGAGAAAUAGAAUUUAACGCAUCACAGUGUCAUCACAGUUUUUAUAAAUUUUAAGUACCAGUGACUUUUGAAAUUUUCACAAUUCUAGUUAAUAAUAAUAAUAUUAGAUGCAGAACCGAAUGCGAAACUAGUUUAAGACCGAACAGUAACUGCAUCUAUUAAGCAGUAUUAACAUAUUCUAUAGGUGAACCAGUAAAACCGUUUAAAUGAUAGUUUUAGUAAUAAAAAUACAUUCUGUACAGCUGGAACUGCACUGAUUACUUCAUUUACU